AGUGAAUGGGAGCUACGGCCAUUGCACCUCCGGCUCAGAGAAGAGCCUGCUGGACCUGGACCUUGCUGAAGGCCCUGGUCCCACCUGCCGCCAAGGCCUGUUUCUCUCGUCAGGAACCCCACCGCCCCGGGGCCACCCCCCAGCCUGUGAGAGGCUGCUGCAUUUCCCCCACCCUAGCAGGUCGCCCAGAUCCCAGGCCUCCUAUGUGAACGGUGGCCUCCCGACCUCACAGCACAUCAAGCAGGAGUCCCUGCCUGACUACCGGGCUAUGACAGAAGCUCGCACGCCCCUGUCUGCCCACUGCCGGGCCCCGCCAGCUACCGGCUUGCACACAGACCUGGACCUCCCCAGCCGAGGCCUCGCCAACCCUGCACUUUCCUGCUACCUUCUGGGUGGUGAACCCAGCUCCAGCCUGGGCCCCCCGCCUGAGGCCCACCUUCCUGAGGGCAGCCUGAAGCGCUGCUGCCUCCUGGGCCUGCCCCCCACCUCCUCCACUGCCUCUUCACCCUGUGCCUCUGACGUCACAUCCAUCGUCCGUUCCUCCCAGGCAGCUCUGGUCACCUGCGUAAAUGGACUCCGGAGCCCCCCUCUGCCGGGAGACUUGGGAGGCCCUCCCAAGCGGACCCAGCCUGGCCCUUCAUCCACUGAGAGCCAUGAGGGCAGUUUGCAACUUGAAACCUGCCGUAAGGUGGGCUACCUGAAGCAGGAGCCGGCAGACGAGUUCUCAGAGCUCUUUGGGCCUCACCAGCAGGGCCUGCCGCCCCCAUACCCCCUGUCUCAGUUGCCGGCUGGCCCAGGCCUUGGAGGCCUGGGACUGGGACUAGGCCUGGCAGGCAGGGUGGUGGCUGGGCGGCAGGCCUGCCGUUGGGUGGAUUGCUGUGCAGCCUAUGAGCAGCAGGAGGAGCUGGUGCGGCACAUCGAGAAGAGCCACAUUGACCAGCGCAAGGGUGAGGACUUCACCUGCUUCUGGGCAGGCUGCGUGCGCCGCUAUAAGCCCUUCAACGCCCGCUACAAGCUGCUCAUCCACAUGAGGGUGCACUCGGGUGAGAAGCCCAACAAGUGCAUGUUUGAAGGCUGCAGCAAGGCCUUCUCACGGCUGGAGAACCUCAAGAUCCACCUGCGGAGCCACACAGGCGAGAAGCCGUACCUGUGCCAGCACCCAGGCUGCCAGAAGGCCUUCAGCAACUCCAGCGACCGUGCCAAGCACCAGCGCACCCACCUUGACACGAAGCCCUACGCCUGUCAGAUCCCCGGCUGCUCCAAGCGCUACACGGACCCCAGCUCCCUCCGCAAGCACGUGAAGGCUCAUUCAGCCAAGGAGCAGCAGGUGCGGAAGAAGCUGCACACGGGCCCUGAUACUGAGGCCGACAUCCUGACCGAGUGUCUGGCCCUGCAGCAGCUCCAUGCGUCCACACAGCUGGCUGCUGGCGACGGGAAGGGUGGCCGCGCCCUGGGCCAGGAGCUACUCCCAGGUGUGUAUCCUGGCUCCAUCACACCCCACAAUGGGCUUGCCUCAGGCAUCGUGCCCCCCACGCAUGACGUGCCAUCCAGGCACCACCCACUGGAUGCCACCACCAGUUCCCACCACCAUCUGUCACCUCUGCCUACAACAGACAGCACCAGGGAGGGGUUGGGACCCGGCCUCCUCCCGCCCAUGGUCAGCCCCCUGAAGGGGCUCGGGCCACCGCCGCUCCUGCCAUCCUCCCAGGGCCAUUCUCCGGCGAGCCAGUCUUUCCCCACGCUCCCCAGCAAGUCACCCUACCCGCCCUUCCAGAGCCCUCCGCCCCCACCUCUGCCCAGCCCACAAGGGUACCAGGGCAGUUUCCACUCCAUCCAGAAUUGCUUCCCCUAUGGUGACUGCUACCGGACAGCUGAGCCAACAGGCAGUGGGGAUGGACUGACGGGGGACACCCACAGUUUCAACCCCCUGAGGCCCAAUGGCUACCACAGCCUCAGUGCAAAUUUACCUGCCACAGGCUACGAGGCCUUGGCCGAGGCCCCGUGCCCCCCGGCGCUGCCGCCACAACCUUCUGAAGAUGUCGUGUCUAGUGGCCCCGAAGACUGUAGCUUCUUCCCCAAUGGGGCCUUCGACCACUGCCUGAGUCACAUCCCCUCGAUCUACACGGACACCUGAAGAAGGCUCCAUCCACACCUGCCUGCCCACCACUGCAGACACUACCUUGCCCACCCACCAUCUGUCCCCACCCUCCACGCACAUGGGGUGCUACGUCUUCAGCAGCCGCCCAGCACUGGCCGGGGAGUGAUGGUCCCAGCCCAGUCCGGGCACUCAGAGGUGCCCGACGGGAUCCAUGACCAUGACGUGCCCUUGACUGAGUCAUCCAUUCCCUCCACUGCCACCACCACCAACACGGUUUUGAAAUCACAGACCUCGUGUAUAUAAAAUGUACAGAACUUGUUUUCCAUCCCCCUGCCAGUUUUAUAUUUUUGGUUUUACAAGAAAAACAUUAAAAACUGGA